AUGUUUAAUGAUAAUAUUAUAGGGAUAAUUCAUGAAAAUAAUGCCAAAAUCACAGAUUUCGGUAUUUCAAAAGUUGAAAAUAAUUCCUCUAUACAAAUUGGAACUUUUGUUACUAUCACUAUUGCUAUUAUCGAUAAUAUUCGUGAAGGUGCUGUACCCGAUACUCCUGAAGAUUAUGAAAAACUUUACAAAAUUGCUGAAGCCAGAAACCCGAGCAAAGACCCAACUAUUAUAGAAAUAUUGGAAGUAUUUCAAAGAUGGGCUUUAAAAUGA